UCGCCCUCACAAUUGAAGAUCCGUCCACAGCUGCUUAGGCCCCUCUUUCGUUGUACUUCUGUGUUUUAUUUGAGCGGUCAGCAUACAGUAGCAUAGUUCUUUCUUUGGCUGUCCCCAAUCCAACCGCCCACCGCGUGCCGCGAGCACACAUCCUUAUUGCCCAGAUCGAACACACCGAGUUCUUUGAGACUUUACAUCCACCACGAUGUCAGCAACAAAGCGAAUCGAGAAAUGGGAAAUCGACCGGUACUGGGAGAUCUUUGGAUCACUUGUAUCAGCCCCCGCGACACCAAACUCGCGCCUCACGAAUCAAGCAGCCGCCAACGUCCUCCGUAACUCGCAACUGCGCGACGACCAGCUUGAGCGGGUAUGGGAUCUCGCGGACGUUGACGGCGAUGGCGAACUGGAUUUUGAAGAGUUCUGCGUGGCCAUGCGCCUGAUCUUCGAUCUCGUCAACGGCGAGUACCAGGACGUCCCUAAGACACUGCCUGACUGGCUUGUGCCGGAGAGCAAAGCGCACCUUGUCGCAGCGAACCGUGCGCUGUCCGGUGACCAGGGGUCACAGUUUGAACGAAUCGAAGAUGACGAAGAAGACGCUGGUCUGAAAGAUGGGUUCGAUUGGUACAUGAGUCCGGAGGACAAGCGCAAGUACGAGGAGAUAUACUCGGCGAACAAAGACCGGCGAGGCGAAAUCAGCUUCGACAGCUUACAUAGCCUGUAUUCGAGUCUGGACGUGCCGGACACAGAUGUCAGGAGUGCGUGGAAUUUGGUCAAUACGAGUGGACGGGACACUAUAUCGAAAGAUGCUUGUUUGGCAUUCUUGCAUAUUCUCAACUACCGGCACGAGGGGUACAGAAUACCGAGAAUCGUGCCUCCCAGUCUACGAUCGAGCUUUGAGGGAAAUCAGAUCGACUAUCAGAUUGAUAGCAUGCGGAACAGACCGAACAAAUACGACGAGGACACCUCUACGGGGCGGAAAGCCAAGUUUGGAGACGCUUAUUUGAGUCGCAUUGGCGGAAGAGGCGGGUCGGCGUAUCAGCCGAAAGGCACUGAUUUCUCCGAUGUGGUAGAAGACGAGGAUCUCGAAAAGGUCAGGCUGUUGCGGGAGCUGCGCGAGCUGGAGAGUCAACAUGAUGCUGCGAUUGCAGCUUCGGACCGAAGGCGAAAACAGAGACAGGAGAAUGGGGGCCCCAGACAGCCUGGGAAAACGAACUGGGCUCUGGUCAAGCGAGAAGCACAACAGUUGCUGGAAUACAAGCAGCGACAGUACGUCGACCUCAAUUCGGAAAGUGCCAACAAGUCAGGUGGUGAUCUCAAAAGACUGAGAGACGAUCUUGCACUGGUUGCGGAGCAGAUUGACGGGCUGGAAUCGCAUCUGAGGAAGCGGGAGUCGGAAUUGGACAACAUCCGGCGAGAGAUUGAGAACGAAAAGUCCAGCAAGUGAGGUGUCACAUGUCCAGGAGGAUGUGGUCGGAUAGGCUCAUAAGAUAUCAGUUGAACCUCCCAGGAGAGGUGCUCUGCACAUGUUGUACAAUUGUACCUCCGGGUCGCAACGCUCGAUAAACAACACUGCCCAUUCCUCCCCGCACCCAGCGACUAUCGUUCCGUCCGUACUUUCCGGAAACCGUCCGUCAUGAAUGUGUCUCCUUUCUUGAAGUUUGCUAAGGGGU